AUGAGCUGGUGGUGGGCUGGAGCUAUUGGCGCUGCAAACAAUAAAUUGGAUGAAAAUGAAGUACCACCGAAUUACCAGAGCGUCGCUCUGGUGGUGGGGAUGACCGGAAUCGUGGGGAACAGCAUGGCGGAGAUCCUUCUGCUCGCCGACACUCCAGGCGGGCCGUGGAAGGUUUAUGGGGUGGCGCGGCGCCCCUGCCCCUCCUGGAACGAUGAUCACCCAAUUAACUACAUCAGCUGCGAUGUAUCCGAUUCCGACGAUGUCGAAGCGAAGCUAUCCUCUCUCACUGAUAUCACCAACAUUUUCUAUGUCACUUGGACUAACAGAUCCACUGAGAAGGAGAAUUGUGAAGCUAAUGGCAAAAUGUUGAAGAAUGUGCUGAAUGUUGUGAUCCCUAAUUGCCCCAAUUUGAAGCAUAUCUGUUUGUUUACUGGUAGGAAGCAUUAUGUUGGUCCAUUUGAGAGGCUAUGGAAUACUCAAGCUCACGAUUCACCGCUUACUGAGGAUUUGCCACGAUUGGAUUGCCCAAAUUUCUAUUAUACCCUAGAGGACAUUCUGUUUGAGGAGGUUGGGAAGAAGGCAGGCUUGACUUGGUCUGUGCAUCGGCCUGGGAAUAUAUUCAGAUUCUCUCCGUAUGCCCUGAUGAAUCUGGUAGGGACGCUUUGCGUGUAUGCAGCUAUCUGCAAGCAUGAGGGUGCAGUGUUGAGGUUUCCCGGUUGCAAGGCUGCUUGGGAUGGAUACUCGGAUGCAGACUUGAUUGCGGAGCAUCAGAUAUGGGCGGCUGUGGAGCCUUACGCGAAGAAUGAGGCGUUUAAUGUGAGCAAUGGGGAUGUUUUCAAAUGGAAGCAUCUCUGGAAGGUGUUGGCGGAUCAGUUUGAGGUGGAGUGUGGGGAGUUCGAGGAAGGGAAGGGUGUGAGACUGCAGGAGUUGAUGAAGGAUAAAGGUCCGGUUUGGGACGACAUCGUGAGGGAGAACGGGUUGUUGUCCAACAAGUUGGAGGAUACUGGGAAGUGGUGGUUUGUUGAUCUUAUACUAGAGAAUGCAGUCCCAUUGGACACAAUGAACAAGAGCAAAGGAGCAUGGAUUUUUUGGAUUCAGAAAUUCAAAGAAUUCAUUCCUUUCUUGGAUUGA